UGCUACUGCUGACGUGGUGUUUAUGUGUGUUCACAUAACCCUCAUCAAUUCAAUUUCACUCCAAUGGCUCAACAGACAAGACGCUCUGCCUCGGCGAGUACUGAACCUGAACCUCUUAUCGGUUUCCCUUCCAGUAGACUCUGCUUCCUGCCCAAAGAGAUCUUUGGUAUAGAGACACGUGUCUUUGACCAUGAAGCUGCUCAGCCUGAUGCAAACCCAGACCUCACCGUCUGGGCCCUAAUGAAUGCACUCAAACACUGUUCGACUCGAGUGCUUCCGAUCCUCGAGCUCAAUAAGGUUAGUCUCUUGGUCCUUGCCCCGGUCUGCUCUGUAAUAACCUAUACAGCCGGUCCGAGAGUUAGAGCUCCGAUCCCGGUAUGAUAUGCGGAGUCUGAAGCAGAACCCCUACGUCUUGAACUUCAGUCGCAGUCAGAACUGUGAUGCGAUGAUCCGCCAUCUCAUGGGAGACGAGCGGGAGGCGCAGGACUGUUGUACUAGGUGUGCUCAGAAGAAAGGCGCCCUUAUUGGCUGUAUCGUAGCUGAGGGCUCUACAAUCUGUGGUAAUUGUGACUGGAAUCGAUCAGGGCUUGGAUGUUCUCUUGCUUCUCAUUCUGAAUCACCCAAACCAUCUACGAAGCGCAAAGCGGUUGAAUCUGAUGAUAGUGAGGAUGGCCGAGAUCUCUUUGAUGAGCUCGAGCCUGACGAAAAAGAUGCAUUUCGGGAGGUCAUGAAGAUCUUUACUAGAGCCUUAAAGCGGAGGUCAAAAAGAGCUCGCCAGUCAAGGUCAUCAAGAAAGAAAUAAAUCGCGAUGCAGGUCUCCCUUUGUUUCAUGUAAUCUUAGGAUAUGGCGUAGGAGGAACUAAUGGAUUGAUACCCCUCCUUCUCUUUAAGUAUAACUCAGAAAUACGUAAUGACUUCACC